AUGGCUGGAACUACCACUCAAGCGACAACCAUGGCUGGAAUUACCACUGAAGCGACAACCAUGGCUGGAACUACCACUCAAGCGCCCACCAUGACUGGAACUACCACUCCAGCGCCCACAAUAGCUGGAACUACCACUCAAGCGCCCACCAUGGCUGGAACUACCCCUCAAGCGACCACCAUGGCUGGAACUACCCCUCAAGCGACCACCAUGGCUGGAACUACCACACAAGCGACCACCAUGGCUGGAACUACCACUCAAGCACCAACCAUGGCUGGAACUACCAAUCAAGCGACCACCAUGCCUGGAACUACCACUCAAGCGACCACCAUGGCUGGAACUACCACUCUAGCGACCACCAUGGCUGGAACUACCACUCAAGCGCCCACCAUGGCUGGAACUACCACUCAAGCACUCACCAUGGCUGGAACUACCACUCAAGCGCCCACCCUGGCUGGAACUACCACUCAAGCAUAA